AUGGUCAAAGAGAUGUCUUCCGAAACGACACCAAUCACCGGAGCUGAACCUGAGGCAACAUCCAACAACCCAUGCAUUAGAAGAAGCAACCUGCGGCUACUAAUACUGACCGUGCUCUACCUGCUGUUCCUUGUCAUUGGCGCUGCUGUCUUUGCCGCCAUCGAAGGGCCAAGGGAGUCUGCGUUGGUGGAGCAUAUGCAGAACGUGAGAAGUGCUUUUUAUAGCAAACAUAAAGACUGCAUUUCGG